UUUUGAAAAUAUUAUCUUAAAUUAUGUAAUUUUGAUUUUUAUAUAACAGAAAAAUAAAUAAAACAUAAGAAGUUUCCAUAUUCAAACAGGACGUAAUUUUGAAGCAGAUUUGGCGUCAAAAUAACGCCGUGACAAACCAUAAAAAGCCUUCUCGAAAUUCGAAGUUUCCAUAGCCCACGAACCUUGUAGUAGUUUCUCUCACUCUUUUCUGUUGCUUCUUCAAAGCAUAAAAUGCCUGAAGAUUUCCACUUAGAGCGCCCUCUGUUCGGCGGUGCCUUAGCUAGCACCUUCCCUCAAAGGUUCCAGGACGUGAGUAAUAUUCGAGAAGUUCCAGAUCAUCAGGAGGUGUUUGUGGAUCCUUCCCGGGAUGAAAGUUUGAUCUUUGAGAUAUUAGAAUUGAAGGAAGAAGUUGGUGAUGAUGGAAGUGCUUCAUGGUUUCUUCAAGACCUUGCCUCUGAACAAGAAGCUGAAGGCUGCGUGGUGAUUGAACAGUCAGCAGUGACUGAGGCCCCUGGACUGUGCUAUAGGAGCACACCUGCUGUCAUUACAACUGCAGUAGGCCAAAUGGCUAUCUCUAAGGGACGGCAAGGUAGGGAAGCACAAAAUGUUGUGAGGGUAUAUAUUGCAAAUGUUCGUCUUAAAGAAGUUAACACGGAUAUCCUAAUUUCUGCAUAUGAGCCGAUUCGUAUAAAUCCAUUGAGUGAAAGUGCUACCGCCGUCGGGGCUGGUGCUGCCACUCCUGCCGAGCUUUCUGGAUGUACGCCAAUGGUUGAGGUCUUCAAACUUGCUCUCUCAACGUUUAAAGUCAACAACUGGGGCCUUUUUGGAAGUGUAUAGAUGAGUCAUAGGGCCAUGUAUAGAUUAUACAUGAAUAGGUUGUUUUAGAUUUAAUGAUUAUUUUUUGUUCAGAAAGAUUGUUGCCAGUCACCAAACUUAGUUUCUGUUGUCAUCUUCCAUUUUCUUUGAAUGUUGAACUGAAUGGCUUCUUGGUUUGGUGACUUUGGUCUCAGUCCUUUUUGUAGAGUUUGAAUUGUUAAAAUUACUUUCUGAUCAUCUCCCUCUCUCCGCUGUAGAUGUUACUGCAUGUGUUCAGUUUUACACAAUAAAAAUUAACCUCAUGGUACGGCUUUGUAAA